GUAAUGGACAUUGUUCACAAAUUCAUAAGAACUAAACAAAAAAGUGAGGAAGAAAAAAAAUGGCUUCCUCUAAAUUUCUCCCAUUUUUCCUAUGUUUAUCUUCUUUGUUAGUAGGAUUUUCAAAGGGUCAGAGCACAGUACCAGUUGUGCCUGGACUUUCUUACUCAUUUUAUGAAUCUAGUUGCCCAAAUUUAGAAUUCAUAGUUAGAGGUCAUCUAUGGGGCAUUUUCAACAAUAAUAUUACCCAAGCUGCUGGUUUACUCCGCCUUCACUUCCAUGAUUGCUUUGUUCAGGGAUGUGAUGGAUCCGUGUUACUGGAUGGAUCUGCAAGUGGUCCAAGUGAGCAAGAUGCACCUCCAAACUUGACACUGCGAGCAGAGGCAUUUACCAUUAUCGAAGAUCUUCGUGCUCUUGUUCAUAAUGAAUGUGGCCCGAUUGUCUCUUGCUCUGAUAUUUUGGCGCUUGCUGCUCGAGAAUCUGUUUUUCUGCCAAAUGGACCAUACUACUUGAUCCCACUAGGAAGACGGGAUGGUCUAACCUUUGCAACAACACAAAACACACUAGCCAAUUUACCCCCACCAAGUUUUAACACUACAUCCCUCAUAAACGCAUUUGACGCCAAAAAUUUGACUACCACCGAUCUUGUAGCCCUCUCUGGCGGCCACACUAUCGGACGCGGCCACUGCGCCUCUUUCGUCGACCGGCUCUACCCUACUCAAGAUCCCAUCAUGGACCAAACCUUUGCUAACAAUCUUAGGUUAACUUGCCCAACGAAUACAACAAAUAACAGCACAAACAUGGACAUUCGUUCUCCUAACUUGUUCGACAACAGAUACUUCGUUGAUCUUAUGAACCGCCAAGGUUUGUUUACGUCCGAUCAAGAUCUUUACACUGAUUCAAGGACAAGGGGAAUUGUAACAAGUUUUGCCAUCAACCAAAGCCUUUUCUUUGAAAGGUUUGUGGAUGGGAUGAUAAAGAUGGGACAACUUGGUGUAUUGACUGGCACACAAGGAGAAAUUCGCACUAGUUGUUCUGCAAGGAAUAGUAAUAAUUUGGAGUCUGUUGUGGGAGUGCAACAAGAGGCAAAAAUGAUAUCCCAAUUUUGAGGAGAUUUUACUAGAGUGUGAGAUGUGUUAAGUUUGUAGUUUUUACCACUUGUAUGGUUUGUUCCUAAACUAUGAGUACUUGUAUGUUCGUUUGGAUUGUAAAGAUGUAGUGUGAAUGAGAUGGAUUUCGAUCUAUCUAUAUGAUAAUAAGGGAUGUGUUUCAGUGUUUGAACCAUCUUUCUUGUA